GGUGUGUUUAAUUGUGACUUUCUUUUAUUUCUUUGUACUCUCAACAGUUUUAAUCGUGACAUCGUUUGCUUUUGUGUCUCUCGCGAGACUUGUUUUUUGAGUGUGUCGCGAAGUUUGUAUCUGUUAUACAAUGAUAGCAAGCGAAAACUAGUUAUGCCGGUCGAUGAGAUUUUGUGACUUCUAUCGUGGAAAAUUUCAUUCGAUGAUCGCCAAUUAAUACAAUGGGUAAUAAGAUGAAAGGCAAACCCCUUGAUUCCAAUCGAACUUAAUUCAAUAUGGAUGGAGCAAGCCAGAAAGGCUAAGAAUCCAUCCCAAAAGUUGCCAUCCUGGUUCUCAACUGCUUUCUCAUCGAAUUGCUUUCGACUGGGAACUGGAUUAAUUUUAUUCUAGUCAAACCGUGUGAAAAGUCUUGGAUAAUCGGGGACGAGGAUGGCCAGGAGCAGUGGCUCUACAAACGCGCCCCAGCGAUGCACCGAUCGCACCAUCGUCGUUCAUCGCGAUGCCGUUGUCGCAGCUUGUAGUACGUCUGUUCGCGAAUCACGAUCGAUCGGAAUCGGGUACGAUAGAAACGGCCACGGCACUGCUACCUCUGCCUACACUGGCUACGCUGCCAAUUUCGAUCAGGGAGAGGGCACGGUCGAUUAGAGUCGCCCCUUUUGAUACAACUGCCGAGCAGCACGUGAUUCACGUUACUAUAGAGGAACUAUAUACGAAGACCUUGACAUAUUCGAUGGCAUAUUGCUCGCUCUUACACGCGCGAAUGCUUAAAUAGUGCAAACGACGAAUUAUCGACCACAUCGCUGCUAUAUCUAUGUAUUUAUGUGGCAAGUAGACGUUACUAGGCCCGUGACUUUGCAACAAAAAGUCCGAACGUCGAAGCGAAAACCUUCGUCACGGCCGGGGCCAAUCAUCGGCACAGUUGGAUGUUAAUCAAUAAGAAUUUUUUUCCGCGAUUGGUUCAACCGAUACCGCGAAAUAUAGAUCCAUAUGAAUCUGAAAUUUAGGAAAGCCUUAUUGUUUCAGAGAUGAGAAAUUGACGAGCGGAAGGAAUUUGAAUUUGAUUGAUUGUAGGCCUGUAUUUCCUCUCGUACGAUUACAAAUAUAGCGUUCAUAAAUUUUUAUUGCUAAUCGAAACUUUCAUAACGCAAAUCUAUUUAUAGAGGAGCAUGUUUAUCGAAAAAAAAACGAGAUACAUUGAAGUACGAAGUAAAAGUAAGAAUUUGGUUAAGAAAAUCAUAAGAAUAAAAUACACCAGGAAAUUAUCAUUAUCAAAUAUAAUGUAAUUGAACAAAGUUUUAGAAAAACCGAUAUUAAUUUCAAAUAUUAUAUUAUUGUAGAUUUAUAAUAAGAGUUUUAAAAUUAAUACUAUUGUGUAUUGUUGAUUUGUCAUCAUCAAAAUCAUAAAAAUUACAAAGACGAGUACAUCUCGCAAAAUGGGUACGUGCGGGGUCUACUUGUCUCAACUGCGAGCAAUGCUCGUGAGGAAUCUUCUCUUGAAAAAGCGUGAGAAACGGAAGACUACGGCGGAGAUUUUCCUCCCUCUUUGCACUCUAGGUGUAUUAAUCGUUGUGAAAGUAUUACCACCGAAUCCAAACUAUCCCGCAAUGACAACACAAAGACAAGAAGGUGGUAUAUUCGAGACAUUCAAUGGCUACAAGAACAAUACGAUAGCUGUUGUUCCAAAUUCAACAGAAACUUUGGCCUUUUUAAAUUCAAUGAAUGCUCUGUGGUUAUCAAUGUGGGAUUAUCCUGGCAAACUUCCUUUAAAUUUCAUGGUAUUUGAUACAAAGGAUGAUUUGCAAGCAGCAUAUUGGAGAGAUCCAUACAGCGUUCCCCUAGCAGUAAUCUUCGAAGAUUCUCAACCUAUAUCUCAACAUCUCUUAUAUGAGAUAAGAACAAAUCCAUCAUAUACGAAUCCACCUUCGCCGACUGAAUUGUAUUCUGCCCCAGUUACUUGUCGGAAAGAUACGAGCCACUGGUUAGGUGGUGUAUUGUCAAUAGAGACUGGUGGAUCAUGUCCUGCGAAUAAUUAUUUGCACUCAGGUUUCUUGGCGUUACAAAUGAUAAUGGACAUUACAAAGAUAAGAUUAGAUACGAAGAAUACAGAUAUAACUGUACCGGAUAUUAAAUUAGAAAUGUUUCCUAAAGAAGCUUUCACUGCAGACUGGAUGUUGGCCUUUAGAGUUGUUAUACCACUUUUUAUGGUUUUGGCCAUUUCACAAUUUGUUACUUAUCUUCUGAUCCUGAUAGUCGGUGAAAAAGAAAAAAAGAUCAAAGAAGGAAUGAAGAUAAUGGGCCUAAAAGAUUCGAUUUUCUGGUUAUCAUGGUUCAUUAUCUAUAGUGUUUUUGUCUUAUUACUUUCUGCCGUCGGAGUAAUAUUACUUUUUACACUACAAAUGUUUCAACACACACACUUUUUACCAAUAUUUCUUUUAGUAGUACUGUACAGUUUCUCUAUAAUCAUGCUCGCUUUUAUGAUAACACCCUUCUUCGAUAAAUCACGAACUGCCGGUGUACUUGGCAAUUUCGCAGUCACAAUAAUGAGCUUGAUGUACUUUAUUCAAGUCUUUGUGAACGAUUCUAGUUCUGUACCAUUUUGGUUGGUUUCUCUUCUUAGUCCAACAGGAGUUGCUUUAGCUAUGGAUAAGGCGCUUGUACUAGAUUUGCAAGGAGAAGGAGUUAAUUUUGACAAUCUUUGGUCAGGUCCUGGUAUACCAUUUGGAGGAAGUCUUAUUAUGAUGACAUUAGACAUAAUUCUCUAUGCUUGCUUAGCUUACUAUUUUGAUUGUGUCAUACCAAGUGAAUACGGAACGAAAAGAACUCCUUGGUUUUGCUUCACGCCUGAAUUUUGGUGUCAAAGAAAAGCUCCACGGGUACCAUCAUCAAAUGGUGAAUCGAACUCUUUUAUUCCUGGUGAAGAAACUAAUCGCGAUGUUGAACCAGUAGUGCGUGAAAUGAAAGGUCGUGAAGCAAUUAGAAUAGUUGAUCUUUACAAAUCCUAUCAAAAGUGUCGUAAACCAGAAAUUAAAGCUGUAAAUGGUAUUAAUUUAACGAUUUACGAAGGCCAAAUCACAGCGAUACUUGGACACAAUGGAGCUGGCAAAACUAGUCUUUUUAAUAUAUUAACUGGUUUGACUGCACCUACCGCUGGCACUGCCUUGAUUUUUGGUUACGAUGUUCGGGAUUCUAAUGAUAUGCAGAUGAUCAGAAGUAUGACGGGCGUUUGUCCACAACAUGACAUUCUUUUUGAUCUUCUUACACCUCGCGAACAUCUUGAAUUUUUUGCUGCUGUACGUGGUAUUCCACGAUCAAUGAUUGAACACGAGGUGAAUAAAACUUUAAAAGAUAUCGAUUUAACUGAGAAGGCAGAUACUUUUGCAAAAUAUUUAAGCGGGGGACUGAAAAGGAAAUUAUCCGUAGGUAUCGCCAUUAUCGGUGAUCCGAAAAUUAUUAUUCUGGAUGAACCUACAGCUGGAGUUGAUCCCUACUCCAGAAGACAGAUGUGGUCUUUCUUACAAUCUAGACGUCACGGAAAAGUGAUUUUACUGACGACUCAUUUUAUGGAUGAAGCGGAUAUACUAGCAGAUAGAAAAGCAGUUAUUAGUAAAGGAAAACUAAGAUGCUGCGGUAGUUCUUUAUUCUUAAAAAAUAAAUUUGGCAUUGGAUAUCAUUUAACGUUAGUACUUGAAGGAAAUGCAAGAGAACACGCUAUUACUAGAUUGGUAAUGUCUCAUGUUUCAAAAGCAGAAAAAGCGAGACGUCAUGGCCGUGAACUGAGUUUUAUUUUACCUCAUAAUUCAGUAGAAAGCUUUGCAUCACUUUUUUCAGCUAUAGAACAUGAGAUUAAAACUCGGUCAAGUAGAUUGGGUAUUAGUAGUUAUGGAGUAUCGAUGACUACUCUAGAAGAAGUAUUCUUACAUUUAGAAAAAGAUGAAGGUCCUGAAUAUACAAUGGAUAAUUUAUCAAAAAAAAUGGUGCGCAAUCGUGCAUUAAGUAGAUCCUUAUCAUUACAAUCGAAAAGCACUUCUUAUCAAAGCUUGCAAAAUGAAGGUGUUACUGUCCAGAAUGAUGGUCAAGCAAAAGAGGCAGGAGAUUUACCGGAUGGCGUUCAUAGUGAUAGAAAUCCUCCAGUUCUUGGCCUCGGAUUAGACCCCAUAAAAAUUCGGCCUAAUUUCAUUCAAACCUUAUAUGCUAUGCUUCGCCUAAGAAUACUCAGGCUUUUUAGAAACAUUCAGUUAUUGUAUUUCACUAUCGUUGCGCCUCUUUUUCUGAUAGUUCUUGGCCUUCAUUUACAUAGCAUUCAAACAGUCGAGGUCAAAAUGCAGUCUCUUAAAUUGAAUAACGAUACUUAUGGAAAUCAGACAAAAAUUUUGUACACAAAUAGUACCGACCAUGAUAUUACAGAUUUAAUCGAUGAAAUAGGACAAGAUGUAAAAUAUAUUAAAGAGUACCAUGGAAAUUUUGCAAAUUUGUUAAAAAUCGCACCACAUGUUGCUGCUUUCAAUAUCAAUGAAUAUAGUUUAUCUAGAAUCAAUUUGAUUAUCGCAUAUAACGAUACUAUGCAACAUUCUCUACCAAUCUUGAUAAAUUUGUUAUCAAACACCUAUUAUAGGUUGAUCUCAGAUAAAGAUAAUCUAACACAUAUUGAAGUUAAAACACAUCCUUUUCAACAAACUUCUCAGCCACAAGAAUUUAAUAUUGGCACAGCGAGUUCUGCUCUAUUUAUUGGAAUGCAUUUUAUAUUGUUACCAAUAACCUUAGUUGUAGAUAUGGUUUAUGAUCGUGAAAUAAAAGCAAAAAAUCAACUUCGUGUUAAUGGUCUGUCAUUUUCUAUGUACUUUCUAACAUAUUUUAUUGUACUUAUCGGCCUGAUGACAUUCAUAAGUUUAUGCAUCCUUGGCAUCAUAUUUGUCUUUGAUGUGCCUUCGCUUCAAGAAAUACCAGCACUCAUUACCUUAGGUGGUCUUUUAAUGCUUUAUUGUCCAUCAUCCAUUCUAUUUUCGACGUGUUUGAGUUAUAUUUUUGAUAAGAUGGAUUCAGCUCAAAGCAUUUUACCCAAUAUUGCUACAUUCUUUGGACUUAUACCGUUUAUACUAGUCACAACUCUUGAUAUGCUAGGUCUUAGUGGGACAGCAGCAUUCGUUUUACAUGUAAUUUUUUCUUUAUUAAAUACAUUAUACAUACCAUAUGCUGCAGUAUAUUAUGUAGAAAGAGUACAUAUAAUGUGCUCUAUUAAUGCUGCUUGUCAUCAUCUAACUAUGUCUGAUUAUUUAACUACGGAAAUCAUUUUAAUGGCCUUUGGUGUGCUUCUGCACUGUCCGAUGUGGUUUUUCGUGCUUUUAUUAUUGGAUAUUAAAAAAAGUGGUGGUAAUAUUGGCGAUAUAUUGAAGCAUUUUUUGCGUAAUGGUGGUUCAAUUGGUGAAGAAAUAAUGGAAAACUCUGAUAUUGGAGAACAUGAAGAUGGAGAUGUUAAAAUUGAAAGGCAAAAAGUUUUUAAUCUUAUUACUUCAUCAUCUGUUCAAGAACCACCUGUAGUUUUAGUACAGAAUUUAAGAAAAGAGUAUCGACAAAGGGAGUCAGGAUCAUGCAGUUGCUGUUCGAAACAAGAUGAAGAAGCUAGUCAAAUACAACGAAAAGUUGCUGUAAGAAAUCUAUCAUUAGCAGUUGAACCAGGAGAAGUAUUUGGAUUACUUGGUCACAAUGGUGCUGGCAAAACAACAACAAUGAAAAUUAUCAUAGCAGAAGAAGCAGCCACUCGAGGAAGGGUACAAAUUGGUGGUCAUAAUAUUAAUUCCAGUAUAACAGAAGCUUUUAAACAAAUGGGAUAUUGUCCCCAACAUGAUGCUCAAUGGAAGAAUAUUACUGUCAGGGAACAUUUAGAAUGUUACGCUGCGAUUCGUGGUGUACCGUGGGGAGAUAUUGACAGAAUUGUAGAUUUAUAUCUUACUGGUUUGCAAAUUCAUGAACAUGCCGAUAAACAAACUCAAGAGUGUUCGGGUGGAACUAGAAGAAAACUUAGUUUUGCUAUGGCAAUGAUUGGAGGUCCAAAAGUUGUUUUAAUGGAUGAACCCAGUGCAGGAAUGGAUCCUAGAUCUAAGAGAUUCUUAUGGGAUACAAUUCUUGCUAGUUUUCAGGGUGGUAGAGGUGCGAUUUUAACUACUCAUUCAAUGGAAGAAGCUGAUGCCCUCUGUUCUAGAGUGGGUAUAAUGGUAAAAGGAGAGUUAAGGUGUAUUGGUUCUACUCAACAUCUGAAGAACUUAUAUGGUGCAGGCUAUACUCUUGAAAUGAAACUUCUAGGUGGUGAUUGUACACCUACUACACCUUCCGGUGAUAGAAUUACAAGUUUGAAGGAAUUUGUUUCCAGUCUUUUUCCAGAUGCAACUUUAGAAGAAAGUUUUGCUGAUAGAUUAGUUUUUGCUGUACCCCAACAUGCAGUUAACUCGCUGGCCGAGUGUUUUAUGCAAUUGGAGAAAGCCAAACUUGAAUUGGAUAUUGAAGAAUACAGUUUCAGCCAAACUACUUUGGAACAAGUUUUUCUUAAAUUUUCUCACUAUGAUGAAUCUAAUUCGGGAGAAUGAUAACUCACACAAAUGAAUGUGUUUAUUCUCAUGUGUUGUAUAGUGAAAUACUCAUGGAACUGCUCAAUUUGUGCAAAAAGUGUAAAAAAAUUAUUCUUAUUGGAAGAAGUGAUUUGUUCUUUAAUGUUCUCACAUAAAUAUUAUUGAGAACGAAGUUAAAAAAAAGAUUUCUGCAUUCUAAAUAUCAAGAAUAUUCUAAUAAUUACGGAAGAACUUUAUAUCUUUGAGCAGAUUUUGAAGAUAUAAAUUUUGUUUUGACUCGACAAUUCUGUGAAUGAAAGAAAACAUAUUUUUACGUUAUACAUGAUCGACCUAAUCAUUAAAAAUAUUAGAUAUUUUUUUUGUGUCAAUAUAUUAUUGCGUUGGCAGAAUUAACAGUGACUUCCUGGAAGUAAUUAUUGUGAGAUAAAUGGACGCAUGUAUAAAAAUUAAUUGAGCUGUAAAUAGAAAAUCGUGUAAUGUGAAAACUGUGAACGAUUUAUUCGAUUAUCAGCAAAAAUGCAGUACUAAUACUAUUUAAAUAGUAAUAUUCAUAAUUUUUAAAUUACAUUGUAAUAUAGUCUAUUAUUUGAUUCCUAUGAAUAUUAUAAAUAAGUCUCACAAAUAAUAUUGCUGUGGAAUUGGAACGUUAUCAUCAUUAUAAGAAUUAUUAUAAACAUUAUUAACAGCGAAAAAAAUACAAAUCCAAAGAUCAAUAUUAAAUUCUUUUUAAAUAUAUUGAAUUUAAUGGAUUAUUUAUCGAUAUUAAUAAACAUAGAAACAAUUCUAUAUUCAUUUAUUAAUAUUUAUUAUUGCUCGCAAUUAUUUCGAAUAUUGUUGAAAGAAAUUACAUCAUUAUUUAGAAAAGAUAUGAUUAUAUACAAAACAUAAUAGGUUGUUUAAUUUGUGGAUAUAAGAUAAUAUGUAUUACAUAUUUAUAAAUAUGUACUUCUCCAACUUAUUUAUCAUCUUUUCUAAAAUCUUUUGAAUAACAAAAAACAAAUCAUAGGUUGUUAAUCUUGCCUCAGUAGCACGUAAGACGAUAAUAAUUUAAUACGAGACUUCUGUAGAAGAGGCAAUCGAAAUUUGAUAGAACAACUUGAAUAUGAUAAAAGUAUAUUGCAAAUAAUAUUUGAUAAUCUAUAUAAAUAAUUUAAUAAUUUUAAAAGAAUUUUAUUGACGUAAAAUUAUUUAUAAAUAUUUUUAAUUUUCUUUUCUAUGUUGUAAUUAAAUUUUUUAUUUUCUAAAGUUUUUAUUUUUCCGAAAAAUGCUUUAAUUCUAUUACAAUUUUAAAUAAAUGAAAUAGUCUGAUUAAAACGAGUUGAAACUAAGUAAAGAGUGAAAAUAAAAAAAACAAUAAUUUUUUAUUAUAUGCAUAUUUUAUGUAAAAACUAUUAAAUUAAAUCCAUUUUAAAAAUAAACUAAUAGGAUAGUAGGAUAGAAAAAGCUAGGUAUCUUGUUUUAUAUAAUCCGAUUUCGAGUAAGCUUUAUGCAUUACAAAUGAAAUCUAUUGAAAGGAUAAAAAGAAAAGUUGAAAAAAAAAAAUAUAUGGUCUCAAGUUUUCCUAUUGGAAAAAAGAUUUUUUUUAAUAUUUAUGUGCGUAUAUUCGAUCUUCCGUAAUAAAAAUUCCAAAAAAUUAAACGGAAGAAAUAAGAGUAUUGUUUGGCGGACUGAAUGAAAUAUUUUAUAGAUUAUAGUGCAUAGGUAGUCAAAAAUAAAAAUUUCAUUGUAAGGGGAUAUUGAUUUUUGUAAAUAAAACUCGUUAUAAGAAAGAUAUAGUAGGAAAUGUAAAAUGAAAAAUUAUACAUGCGCUACUGUGCGUUCGCACAUUUAUAAGGGAUUGUGUACGCACAACUCUCGUUCUAGCUAAUAUCACAUGAAUAUAAAAUUUAGUCAAUUAUGAAAUUACAUAAAAAAAAGGAAAACUGCAAAUAAUUUUAUGAAAAUUAUGUAUAUGAAUAUAUAAUGUAUGCAUAUUUAUAUAUGAAUAUAUAAAUACAUAUAUAUUUAUAUAUUUAUAUAAAAUAUAACAUAUACAUAUGUGUAUAUUAUUUUUUAAAAAUACAAUUAUGUUUUAAGUAUAUCACAAUUACAAGAUGGGAAUAUUAUAAACAUUCCUAAAGAUACUGUUGUGCUGCAUUAAAAAGUAGAUAUAACUUGCAUUCACAAGUAAUUAUUUUUUUUAUUUGUUUGUAGUUGUACAUGAUAUCUUCUUUGCUCACAUUAAUCGCCAUUUUUUGGCUUUUCCUGUUGUGACUUGUUCACAUUUGUCGAAUUUUUAUAUCGAUCGAUAUAUAUGUAUAUACACAUAUAAUGUAUUAUAUAUAUUAAUAUACAUAUGGAUUUAUAUUUAUAUAAUUAGAGAAUUUGCAGUGAGAGACUACUUUUUAA